AACGAAUGCAAAGAGAAGAUGCAUAACUGUCACAAGAUGUACGGUGUCUGCACCAAUCUUAUGCCUUUCUUUCAGUGUACGUGUGCACUGGGCUUCAAAGGGAAUGGUACUCAUUGCAUUGCACUAGAUCUGGUUUACAUGAUUGACUUAAAGCUUCCAACAAGCAGAUGGCGUGAGGAAUAUCGAAUGUCCAACUCCUCACAAUUCCAAACCCUUGCCUUGGAAAUAGAACAAGGGGUAAGGUACGUCUACAGAGAUGACCCUUCGUUCUUACGGACAUACGUUGUGGGUCUUCAUAACAGUGAUGGAAUUGUGUUGAUUGAGGUCUGGAUGGCGUUUGUCUCUGAUGCAAUACUACCAAUCAGGCCUCUGAACCUGGCUGUGAAGAGGGGAGGACUUAAACACCUAGCCAUAGAGAUGGAUGGUUAUCAUGUCACACAAGUAGCUGAGAGAAUUGACUGUCCAAUAACGUGUUCUGAGCAGGCCUAUUGUGAAAGAAACGGUUCUUCCUUUGAUUGUGUUUGCACCAGAGGUUACAUUGGUGACGGAAGAGAGUGCAUCGAUCUGAAUGAGUGCGAGGUUAACAAUGGCGGCUGUCAGCAUGUGUGUAUCAACAACCCGGAUGGUAGCUACCAUUGCUUAUGCAAUCAAGGUUUCCUUCUUCAUAGCGACAGGAAACAAUGUCGAGCGUCUGAGGGUGACUUAGCCUAUUGUUCCGCUGAAUGGCGUCAAGAUAUUUUAUGGAGUCAUACUGUAGCAAGCAGUACAGACAUCAGCUCUUGUCCUCAGGAUCACCUGACUAGUAAUGAAGCACAGAGGACCUGCUUCAGUGGUGUCAGGGGAGGAGUAUGGGGAGUUCCUGAUCUUUCUCGGUGCCUGACAAAAGCCAUGCAUGAACUUCAACAAAAGGCAAGGAUUCCUAACCGAUGUCAUAGUUUUCUCUCUAUGUUACGCUUUUCUGUUACAACAUUGCUAAAAGGAGAUGUCAGUUUUUCCGAUUUGCUACACAUUUCGAAGGAACUGCGAAAUAUCCUUGACCCCAAAGUUGACAAGAUUUACGCAGGAGAUAUAUUUGUGGCAGUUGAUGUCAUGGACACUCUAAAUCAACAGAUCAGCGCUACAAUGACCAAUGUCACUAAACAAGAGUUAUCUGAUUUUCUGCAGGUAUGGAAUAUAAACGAAUGCAAAGAGAAGAUGCAUAACUGUCACAAGAUGUACGGUGUCUGCACCAAUCUUAUGCCUUUCUUUCAGUGUACGUGUGCACUGGGCUUCAAAGGGAAUGGUACUCAUUGCAUUGCACUAGAUCUGGUUUACAUGAUUGACUUAAAGCUUCCAACAAGCAGAUGGCGUGAGGAAUAUCGAAUGUCCAACUCCUCACAAUUCCAAACCCUUGCCUUGGAAAUAGAACAAGGGGUAAGGUACGUCUACAGAGAUGACCCUUCGUUCUUACGGACAUACGUUGUGGGUCUUCAUAACAGUGAUGGAAUUGUGUUGAUUGAGGUCUGGAUGGCGUUUGUCUCUGAUGCAAUACUACCAAUCAGGCCUCUGAACCUGGCUGUGAAGAGGGGAGGACUUAAACACCUAGCCAUAGAGAUGGAUGGUUAUCAUGUCACACAAGUAGCUGAGAGAAUUGACUGUCCAAUAACGUGUUCUGAGCAGGCCUAUUGUGAAAGAAACGGUUCUUCCUUUGAUUGUGUUUGCACCAGAGGUUACAUUGGUGACGGAAGAGAGUGCAUCGAUCUGAAUGAGUGCGAGGUUAACAAUGGCGGCUGUCAGCAUGUGUGUAUCAACAACCCGGAUGGUAGCUACCAUUGCUUAUGCAAUCAAGGUUUCCUUCUUCAUAGCGACAGGAAACAAUGUCGAGCGUCUGAGGGUGACUUAGCCUAUUGUUCCGCUGAAUGGCGUCAAGAUAUUUUAUGGAGUCAUACUGUAGCAAGCAGUACAGACAUCAGCUCUUGUCCUCAGGAUCACCUGACUAGUAAUGAAGCACAGAGGACCUGCUUCAGUGGUGUCAGGGGAGGAGUAUGGGGAGUUCCUGAUCUUUCUCGGUGCCUGACAAAAGCCAUGCAUGAACUUCAACAAAAGGCAAGGAUUCCUAACCGAUGUCAUAGUUUUCUCUCUAUGUUACGCUUUUCUGCAGGGAAUAAAAUUUGUCAUUAAGACUUGAUGGCUAUUUUUUCAAACUUUCCUCGAAUUAGCUAGAAGGCCAUUUAUUGGUCUUCGCGUAAGA